ACGGGAACUGUGACAUUUUCCAAAGCAUUAACUUUUGAAAUAAUGUCACAGAUACAUAUUUAAUUGCCGUUUAUAACUUUCAAGAUCAGUUCCUUUGAACUGUAACUUCAUAAAGUGCAGACAGGUAAGGUGCAGGUGAGUGAUGCCUGUGUGUUCUAGCAGUGACUGUCCCCAUCUACAGUGUGUUGGAGAGAUCACCAAGGAAGAGCUCAUCCUCAAGUCUCAUGGCCAGUGCCAAGACUGCAAAGUUGGAGGACCGAAUCUUUGGGCGUGUCUGGAGAACGGCUGUGUGUAUGUGGGCUGUGGAGAAUCUCACACUGACCACAGCACCAUCCACUCACAGGAGACUGGGCACAACCUGACCGUGAACCUGACCACUCUGAGGGUGUGGUGUUAUGCCUGUGGGAAAGAGGUGUUCCUGGAGCGAAAACUGGGCCCUCACUGCCCUGUCCCCAGCACCAAGACCCUCGCUUCACCUCUCACCAACACACAGGAAGGUAGCAGGGUGUUUGGCCGCUCCACCUCUCUGAGACUGCCCCCUACUGGUGGCUGUGAAGACCUGGGCAUGGAGACCGAGGAGGAGGAGGACGAGCUCCGCCCCAGAGGUCUGACGGGACUGAAGAACAUAGGAAACACCUGCUUUAUGAACGCAGCCCUGCAGGCCCUCUCUAACUGUCCUCCUCUUACCCAGUUCUUUGUGGAGUGUGGAGGUCUGGUGAGGACAGACAAGAAGCCUGCUCUGAGUAAGAGCUACCAGAAACUGGUGUCAGACCUCUGGCACAAGAACAGACCAUCCUAUGUCGUCCCCACCAGUCUGUUCCAGGGGAUCAAGGCUGUUAACCCCAUGUUCAGAGGAUACUCACAACAGGUAGGUUGUCUUCUCAUCGGGCGGCAGGGUAGCCUAGUGGUUAGACUAGUAACCGGAAGGACUAGUAACCGGAGGUUGCAAGUUCAAAUCCCCGAGCUGACAUGGUACGAAUCUGUUGUUCUGCCCCUGAACAGGCAGUUAACCCACUGUUCCUAGGCCGUCAUUGAAAAUAAGAAUUUGUUCUUAACUGACUUGCCUAGUAAAAUAAAGGUUAAUAAAAGAAAGAAAAAAAGAAAGAAAUUGUGAUAUAAUUUAUAAUACGGUAAAACGUGUGUUUGUAUGAAAGAAACUAGGGCUGUUACCGAAGGUCAUUCCCAGGCAGACAGAUGGGC